CAACCACAAAACACGAGUUAUCGCCAUGCAGAGCUCGCACAACGUCGUGUUCGGAGACCCCCUGAAGCCUGUGAAGCUUGACGACUUCCGCAAUGUCCUUAUCCGCCAAGAGGAGACGCUCAUCUUCGCGUUGAUCGAGCGCUCUCAAUUCCCGCGCAACCCGGAGGUCUAUGUGAGCAUGAAGGAGAGCAAGAGUGCUGCCUUCGGAGGCUUGAAGGGCAAGUACACGACGUUCGACGGCAGUCCGCUGGACUUUAUGCUGCUGGAGACGGAGAAGCUACACGCACUAACGCGUCGAUACACGUCUCCGGACGAGAACGCCUUCUUUCCGCACCUCCUGCCGGAGCCGAUCCUGCCGAUCCUCGACUAUCCGCGUGUGCUCAAUCCGAACCGGAUCAACAUCAACAACCAGAUCAUGAGUGUGUAUCAGAAGAAGAUCUUGCCAGGUCUGACAACGUCUGCUAGUGACGACACGGCGUAUGGCUCUACGGCGACGGCGGAUAUCGCUGUGUUGCAGGCGCUGAGUAAGCGUAUUCACUUCGGCAAGUUCAUCGCUGAAGCCAAGUUCCAGGCCGAGACCGAGCGCUACACGAAGCUCAUUCUUGCGAACGAUGCUGACGGAAUCAUGGAGGCUCUUACCAACCUCGCAGUUGAGCAGAAAGUGCUUGAGCGUGUCAAGUUGAAAGCGUCGACGUAUGGUCAGGACCCGAACGCUCCUGCGUCGUCGGAUGACAAGGAGAUGAAGGUGAACCCGCAGCUUAUCUCGGGUUUGUACCGCGACUUCGUCAUGCCUCUUACGAAGGAGGUACAGGUGCAGUAUUUACUGCAGCGUGUCGCUCAUCCUUCGAUCGCUGUGGCUGGAGCGGAAGGCUCGUUCUGCUGGCUGGCGGCUCAAGCUCACUUCGGAGGCGAAACGUUGGCCAAGGACCAGUUACUGCAGGCUGAAUCCAUCAGCAAGGUCUUCUACGAUGUCAACGCGAAUCGUACAGCCUACGGUGUCGUCCCCAUCGAGGAUUCUCAUCUGGGUAUGAUCAAGGAGACGCAAGCUCAACUGCUGCGUAGCUCGCUUAAGGUGUCUGCAGAAAUUGUACUCACACGCUCGUUCAUCUUCGCGGCUAAGGACAAGCAACUGGGCAAGAAUACGGACGUGACGAAGGUCUUCUGUCCUACUGACACUGAUGCUCGGCUGCUCGCACAGGCGGAACAAUGCUGGCCAAGCGCUCAGGUGGUCUCUGUCGCUAAUGUAUCGGAGGCUGCAAGCCGUGCCUUUGAUGAAGCGUCCACGGUCGCGGUGACCACGGCUGGAGCUGCGGAGUCUCGUGGCUUGGAGCAGGUUGACACAAGCCACGCACUGGCGUCUGAGGCUGGCGCUGUGGAGAGCAAGUCGUUCAUUCGCUUCGUCAUUGUGUCCAAGGGCUACCCUGCUGCCACGGGCAAGGAUAAAUCGUGUCUGAGUAUGGAGAUUAAGCACGAAGUGGGGUCCUUGCUCAGUGCUCUGGAUGUAUGGAAGAAGCACGAUAUCAACCUUUCGUGUCUCGAGUCCAUCUAUCGCCAGGAGGAAGGUGGCUACGACUUCUUCGUGGAGAUCGUGGGUCACUUUGACGACGAGAAUGUGCGACAGGCGGUUAAUGGACUGCAGUCGGUGUGCACAGUCAAACACCAUGGCUCGUUUCCCAUCGCCAAGCGCCCCAUCCAGAGCUAA